CCACUGUGCCUGAGUCGAGCUUGGGUCAGGUCCCGGAAUACCUGAAUCGUUUCUACAUCAACUUCGCUGCAUAUCGUUUGUUCUACUUGUCUCUUCUAUUCGAUGCGGUAUCUCCAGCUGCGGAUGUUGCCCAUUUCCGACGUUCAUUCUUUUCCUAGGACGCUGAGCCAGGGUGCUGUCUGAUAAGCGCGAAGCGUAUGUAGAUACAAGUCACUUAUGAACUGAGCGAGCGAUAGUCUAUGCUAGAUGCAGCUCCGCCGCACACCCUCACGUUCACCAUGUCAGAGCAGUCAAAUCAGACCAUUUCUCAAAUCUACUCGCAGAAGUAAGCAUAAACUCCGUUCGAUGUCGUGGGAGUUGUCUCAUGCGAGUGCAUCUUCCGCGUCCCAUUCCACGACUCACAGUGUUCCUUCCUCAGCCCUCGUUGUCUACGAGUUUCUGAUCACCAUCUCCAAUGAAAUUGACAUCGUGUGGAAGAGACCUGUCACCGUAUCUGCCGUGCUAUUUGGCUCAAUAAGAUGGUGCAUGCUCCUCACAGCGACAUUCGAACUUGCGCCAAUAAUUCCCAAUAACUGCGCACCGCUUUAUAUCCUGAUUCGUGUGUUCCUCCUGAUCGGCUAUACUCAGACCGCACUCUUUUCUGCCCUGCGCGUCUUCGCGAUCUCGAAUAGGAGCCACAUCUGGUCACUAGUAGUGUUCGCGCUGAGUAUGGUACCGUUCAUGACGAACCUGGUAGAUGCAGCGAUGACAAAGUACACUGCCGUCACGGAUCCGAUCUUCGGCACGACAUGCGACACAAAUUUCCCAUUCUCUCCGCAGGCGGAUAACAUAUUGACAUACAUCACCCGCAGUUCGCUCGUCCUCGCCGACACGAUUGUGCUUGUCCUGACGUGGAUCAAGACAUUCGGAAAUUGGAGGCGUGCCCGCAGUGUUAACGUCCAGGUGUCGCUGACGACGUGUCUACUGCGUGACGGUCAGCACCAUCUAUUUCAUAGCUUUGUUAGCGGUCAACAUAGCCCAGAUGCUAACCUACAAUUUUGCG